AUUUAUGAAAGCUUGAACUUCAUUGGUCAAGCCAGCAGUAACCUACCAAUAGGAAACUUUUUCAUAUUAUUACAAGUUGAAGAAAACAAACCAGCAUGGGACCAAGACGGCAUGGGCCCGGUGGAAAGAAAAGGAAUAAAAAACAGAACAGGCCAGCUAAGAAGCGAAAAACGGAAAUCAAAAGAUCACUGCCACAAAAGCCAGUUGAAACCAGAGAGCCAGCAGAUGAGAUACUAGAAUCCAGUUCGUCUGAAAGCGAAGAGGAGAUAAGUGAUUACCAGAAACUCGUGUUCUCCAUUAAGGCAUCAGGAGCUGCAACAACAGAAAAGGAUGAUUCAGAAUCAGAUGAUGGAGAAGAUGAGGAAGAGAAUGAUGAAGAUGGAAGUGAUGAAAGUGAAGUUGAUGAAGAUGAUGAAUCGGAGGAGGAAGAUGAAGAUAAUGAGAUGGAUAGUAGUGCUGAGAUGAACGGGAAAGACAGAACAAUAGAAGAGGAUGAAGUUAUAGGGAGUGAUGAAGACGAAGAACAUUACCAAAUGAAAGAGUCAGAUCCAUUCAGCAUUCAUUUUGAAAAUGAUAAAGAAGAAGAUUUUAUCACAGAUUUGGAGAAGAAAGAAUCGUGGAAAAAAACAUCUGUAAAGGUACCACAUGUUGGCAGUGCCUCGGUGGCGUCCUCGACACACCAGUCCAAGAUGAUCUCCACAGACAGAGACCUGAAGAAACAAUAUGUGAAGUCCAAGCUGUGUACACAGGUGUUAGAGACCAAUAAAAAAUGCUGUAAUGUUGAACAGGAUCUCCGGGACUAUCCAUUGACUGGCUUCCAGGAAAACUUGUUCAGGAUUAUCAAUAAUUAUCAGGAUUUGUACCUACCUAACAGAACAAUGUCUAAUGGAGAACAGAUCCGGCUUGUCUAUUGUCUUCAUGCUCUUAACCACGUUCUCAAGACAAGGAGUCGUGUCAUUGCCCAUAAUACUAAACUGAAGAAACGAGAUGAUGACCAAACAGAUUCCAGUGAUUACCGAGACCAGGGCCUCACCCGACCUAAAGUCCUCAUAGUUCUACCGUUCAGAGAGGCUGCCCUUCGUGUCGUCCAGAUGAUGACCAGUCUGUUGAUGCCAAAGGAUCAGAAACAUGUAGUUGGUAAUAAGAAAAGGUUCCAUUCAGAAUACACGGAACUAGAUAAAGACAUCAAGAAACCAGCAAACAAGCCAGCUGAAUAUGAUGAAAUAUUUGCUGGAAAUAUUGAUGAUCAUUUCCGAAUAGGAAUUGGUGUGGCCAAAAAUACCCUCAAACUGUAUUCACCGUUCUACAGUUCUGAUAUAAUCCUGGCUUCACCCCUUGGACUACGCACAGUGAUUGGAGUGGAGGGAGAUAAGGAACGUGACUAUGACUUCUUGAAUUCCAUCGAGAUUCUCAUAUUUGAUCAAGCUGACAUUUUCUUGAUGCAGAACUGGGAUCAUAUAACACACCUGAUGAAGCACCUCCACCUCCAACCAUCCGAUGCCCACGGUGUGGACUUCUCCCGAGUCAGGAUGUGGACAGUUAAUGGCUGGUCCAAGUUUUACAGACAGACUUUGAUGUUCAGCUCUGUGGCAGCUCCUCAGAUAAAUGCCAUCCUCAAUAGACACUGUGGCAAUUAUGCAGGCAAGGUGAUGGUGACACGCCCCGACACCAGUGGGGCAAUCUGUCAGAUUGUUUUACAGCUCCCUCAGACCUACCAUAAAGUGAAGACUUCCAGUUAUGCUUCGGCAGCUGAUGACAGAUUUGAAUUCUUCAUCAAGAAGAUCCUGCCUCAUCAGAAGGAAGCCCUGAAAGCACAGACUCUUCUUUUCAUACCUUCCUAUUUCGACUUUGUCAGACUUCGUAACCACUUUGUCCGAGAAGAUUUAGACUUUUCACAGAUCUGCGAGUAUUCUAGUGACAAAAACAACUCUCGAUCCAGAAGUUAUUUCUUCCAUGGAAAUGCACACUUUCUGUUAUACACUGAGAGAGCACAUUUCUUUAAGAGGUUCAAGUUGCGUGGUGUCCGCCACAUCGUGUUCUACGAGUUGCCUACUUAUCCACACUAUUACAGUGAGUUGUGUAACAUGAUCGUGGACUCGCGUAGUCUCAAGGACACGUGUACCUGUACUACAUUGUACACACCGUAUGACGCCCAGAAACUCGCCGAGGUUGUCGGCACCAACAGGACUUCUAUCAUGAUAAACUCCAGUAAAACUACGCACAUGUUUGUAACAGGGGAAAAUACGUGACAUCACAUUAACUCGUAGGUCAGGACAUCUUAUUCAGUACGAAGUUUGUGACAUCACAUUAACUCGUCGGUCAGGACAUCUUAUUCAGUACGAAGUUUGUGACAUCACAUUAACUCGUCGGUCAGGACAUCUUAUUCAGUACGAAGUUUGUGACAUCACAUUAACUUGUCGGUCAGGACAUCUUAUUCAGUACGAAGUUUGUGACAUCACAUUAACUCGUCGGGCAGGACAUCAUAUUCAGUACGAAGUUUGUGACAUCACAUUAACUCGUCGGGCAGGACAUCAUAUUCC